AUGCCCGACCAUCCGAUCAUGAAAUCGGUCCUGUCGCUGAUCGAGAACGACAACUCGAAAGUCCUUCAUUUGGCGUUCGGAUCCCGGAAGGCGAAGCCGGGCGACAAGAUACCCAAAGGAGGUGAGUUGGCGUGGAAUCUGGCGCCGUUUGUGGUGUCUUUCGCUGACCAGGUUGACUCCUUGCUAGAAGCUCAAGGGCUCCCGACACUGGGCUGGAAUGCGCCCUCGGAAGAGAAGUUCCUUGUCGUCAGCCUCGACCUCGACGCGCCCUUCCCUUCGUUUGCACCCCUGAGUCCCGCCCUGCACUGGCUACAGGCCGGCCUUGCAGUCCAAGGAGCAAGCGGUGACCUGACCUCCCCGGAUCCUGCCAUCGCCUCUUGGGCUGGCCCCGGUCCUCCGCCGAUCAGCGGCCCACAUCGAUAUAUCUUCUUGCUCUAUGAGCAGCCGGCUGAUUUUGACACAAGAAUGUUUACCAAAACGCGUGGAUUUGGCAUCAGGGACCGCAUGAGAUGGGAUCUUUCGCGAUUCGAGAAGCAGGCGAAGCUGCGCCCAGCAGUCGCUGCCACGUAUUUCUUUAGCAAUUAG